CCCACCAUGUCCGCCGCCAAAGCCCGUGCGGAGGCCCGCAGAAAAGCAAUUCUCGCCCGCAGCGGCGACCGCCUCGCACGCAUCACCUCCUCCGCCCGUGGCGAGGAGGGUGCCACCUACAUGCACGACGACCCUCCACUGGCAUCCCUGCCCAACCGCCCCGGGCUCUCCGACUUCGUGGGGGAGACAUCCGCAAUGCCCACCCCGCCCACCUCGUCCACUCCGUCGCGCAACGCCAGCGGCUCCGCGCGCUCGCCCUUCGAGGCGGCCGGGUUCGGCGCAGGCAUGCCCGACCCCUCCGUCUGGUCCGAGGACCAGCAAGCACAGUUCAUGAACGCCCUCCUCGGUGCUUCCGCCCGCGCCCCGGAGCAGCAGCAACCCCGCCUGCCCUCGUCAUCAUCGUCCGCGACUGCCGCGCCCUCCCUUGGCCCUGACGCACCUCUCGGAGACGACCCAAUGGCUGCGCUCAUGGCCGCGCUGCAGCAGGGCGGUGCAGGAGAAGGCGGGCCCCCGGCUUCCCAGUUCCCUGGAGCUGGUAUGGGCAUGAUGGGCAUGGCGCCACCACCGAAACCAAAGACCCUACUCCAGAAGCUCAUGCCGCUCAUCCACGUACUCGCCGCGUGGUUCCUGCUCGCGUACUUUGUGUUGUGGAAAGAGCCAGAGGCGUAUGAGGCCACGACACAUGGGUCUGAGCUGGCGAGCAGCCGCUGGCGGCGGUGGGCAGAGUUGGGCUGGAAGAGUCCAGACGAUGGAUUUGGCGUGCAGACAGUUCCAUUCUUCUGGGCGUUCUCCACACUCGCCCUCGUGCUGCACUCGUGGCGCAUAUUCACGAACCUAGAUCCCGUGCAGCCUCCAAUGCUACUCGCGCUCGCGCUCCCGAGCCUACCCCCUCCACUGCCCGCGAUCAUCACCAACGGCAUGAAGUACCUCCAAAUAGGCGGGGUCUUCUUCGACGACCUCUCUGCGUUGAUAGUAGGGAUUGGCUUCCUCAUUUGGGUGGCGGGCUUAGUGUCUUCAUGAGCUCAUGGGCUAGCUAUACUCCUUGUAAUCGAGCACGCUGUGUGUACUAAUGGGACCAUGAUGACCUCAUGACUUUCUG